GCGUUGAGAAAUUACGCAGAACAUAUUUGUUCGGAAUUUGACGAUCAUUCCACCCCUUCCUAUAAAUUUGUUCGAAGCGCUACCUUGCCGCCGACUCGCGAAUAAGGUCUGUGCGUGCUCCACUUUUCUCUUCUCACACGCUCUUCUCACUCUCUGCGAAGAUGGGAGAUUAUAACGACGCGAUGAUGCGUAAUCCCAACGCCGCUGUACAGGCUCGUACCAAGGCGCAGAAUCGAGCUAACGUUCUCCAGUUAAAACUGAUUGGGCAGAGUCAUCCUACUGGUCUUACAAAUAACCUUUUGAAGCUCUUUGAACCUCGCCCUCCUCUGGAAUAUAAACCUCCUCCAGAAAGGAGGAAAUGCCCACCAUAUUCAGGAAUGGCACAAUAUGUCAGCCAUUUUGCUGAGCCUGGGGAUGAAGAAUAUGCACCUCCUGUUCGAAAAGCUGAAAUUCCAUCGCAAAGAAGAGCUAGAAUUCAUAAGCUUCGCUUAGAAAAAGGAGUACAGAAGGCUGCGGAAGAGCUUGAAAAGUAUGAUCCGCAUAAAGAUCCAAAUGCAACUGGUGAUCCAUACAAAACAUUAUUUGUGGCCAGGCUUAGUUAUGAAACAACUGAACAUAGGAUCAAAAGGGAGUUUGAAGCUUAUGGUCCAAUUAAACGGGUUCGUAUGAUUAUGGACAAGGAGACGAAUAAACCUAGAGGAUAUGCCUUCAUCGAGUAUAUUCAUACACGUGAUAUGAAAACUGCAUACAAGCAAGCUGAUGGUAGGAAGCUUGACAAUCGACGAGUUUUAGUUGACGUUGAGCGUGGUAGAACUGUUCCAAAUUGGCGGCCUAGAAGGUUGGGUGGUGGACUUGGAUCCACAAGAGUCGGUGGUGAAGAAGUUAAUCAGAAGCAUUCUGGCAGGGAGCAACAGCAGGUAUCAUCAAGUCGUCCCAGAUCGGAGGAGCCUAGGGCUCGAGAAGAAAGACAUGUUGAUCGAGAAAGAGAACGGUCUCGAGAUAGGGGGGGUAGGGAUCGGCGUGGGAAAUCACGUGAGCAUUCACAUGACAGGACACGAGACAAGGACCCCCGAGAAGAUAGACACCACCAUAGAGACCGUGAUAGAAAUAGAGAAAGAGAGAGGGACAAGGAAAGGGACCAUGGCCGUGAUCGUGAUCGUGAUCGUGAUCGAGGUCGUGAUCGAGAGCGAGAAAGAGACUAUAGCCGGGAUUUUGAACGCCGCCCUCGUGACCGUGAUCGUGAGAGGGAUCAUACUCGAGAUCGAGAAAGGGAUAGAGAUUAUGAGCGCUCCAUUCAUGAUAAGGAUCGUGGUUAUGCUCAUGAAAAAAAUGCUGAAUAUGAUCAUGUUGAUGCUGCACAUGACCGGGAUCGUCAAGGUAUGAAAACAAGGGAAACUGAUCAUGGUCAUCCAAACGGUGGUCGGGAGUAUUAUGAUGGCUCCAUCAAGCAUGAACAUGACGAUGAGUACGGUCAAUACUACCAACAGAAAGAUCAGCAAUAUGAUCAUGAGCCUGAAUACUAUGACCAUUAUGGCAAGGAUGGUGGUGCUGAUUAUCAGGGCCAACACAAACGUGCAGAGUCUGAACCACCUGAGGAGGGAGAGGCUCCCAGAGAUCAUGAAUAUGAAUAUCACCGUUCUGAGAGAUCCCUCUCCCGUGAGUAUCGACACUGAUGUAUCUGGUGGUUGCUGCGAGUUGUGAUUUCCAGAGGUGUUUAUAAAGCAACUUCAUAUGGGUUUGUGUUUGUGAUGCUCUUGUGUACCUGAAUUUAUGCACCCUUCUUUUGCGAGAAUGAUUGUUGUAUUUUCUUUUUAAGUCUGGUUACAUAAAGGACUGCAUCGGGCUGGCAUGGAGGAUAUGAACCAAAAAAGCUUAUGAAGUUAGUUUUGUGCUCUGUUUCUGUUA